AUGGCCACCGCGGCCCACAGAAAAACGAGACGACGACGAUGGCUCCUCUUACUAAUCCCUAGCGUAGACGCCGCGAACUGGGCGCAGACGACGGGCGCGCUGCGCCAGAACCUGGCCGUGCCCUACAUGGCGACGCCGUCGAAGAAUCGGAGCCACUGGAGCGGCCGGUUGGGCCACGCCACGGCCGUUUCGAACGAAGCGUGCAUGGCGACGCGCGCCUGCGCCGCCGAGACCGUCUGCAUGUACGAGCGCAAGUGCAAGAAGACGGGCUCGGAGACCGUCGCGGACAGCGCGCAGCUGUGCAGGGUGGACGGCGACUGCGCGGGCGGCGACAGCGAGGAGUGCGUCGACAUCGCCGUCCAGGGGUCGGACCCGGUCUGCUCGAGAGAUCGGUGCUGCAAGGUGAUCCACGACAACAGGUACCACCUGUACCUCGUGGGCGGCGACGACUUUAGCGCGACCUUCACGAAGGCGAACCGGAGGAAGCAGCACGACGCGGGCAACCCGUCGCACGGGUUCCGGAACGACGUGUGGCGAUUACGGGCCAAGCCCCGGACGUGGCUGGGCAUGUACGACAUGAUCGACCGGACGCGCUACGACCACAAGAUGCCGAAGCUCUGGUCCUUGCUCCGGUGGGAGCAGCGCGCGCCGGGCCGCGUCCCUGACUCGGGCGAGACGUACGAGGAAUUCAUCCAGUGCCAGCUGCCGCUCCAGCAGUGGAGCGAGGGCAAGACGUCGGACAAGUACCCGUCACACGUGACCGCGGGCAUCGACUGUCAGUCGAGGAAGUGGUUCACGCGGAUGCCCCGUCAAACGUGGUUUGGCAAGAAAGGCGAGGUGGAGAUCGACGGGAUGUACCGGGGCUGGUUCUCGCCGCGACGGUUCCACCAGCUCGCCGAGCACAAGGGCAACCUUUUUCUGAUCGGGGGCCGGGCGCGGGAGCACAAGCGCCUCGCGAACGACCGGACCGUGGGGCUCACGUCCCCCAAACAGAUGCAGAUGCGGGGCCGGGCCGGGCACUCGACGUGGCGCGAGCCGGCCGUGCUCAAGAACGACGUCUGGCUAUCCGGGGACGGUGGCGCGAACUGGAGGCUCAUCGAACCGGGCUGCCAGAACAACAAGGCCCUGCCGGGGUUGUUGUUGACGGGCGGCGACGGCAAAACCUACGUGAGCGACAAGAGCAACGUGUGCAAGGUUGACACGGACUGCUACAGCCCGUCCGAGGAGUGCACGGGCGUAGACAAGAGCCGAGACGAGUCGACGGGUAUCUGCACCUGCAAGAUCUGGUCGCCGCGCGAGCAGCACCGCGUGGCGAUCCACCGCGGCAUCAUGUUUUUGGUGGGCGGGUUCGUGACGGUGCACCGGAGCUACUGCGAGGGCGACGCGUGCGGCGACGUCGACGCGGGCGGCUACCGCGAGUACCUGAGCGACGUCUGGUACUGGGACCUGAACACGUGGCUGUCCGAGGGCGACGACGGUCAAAAGAACACGUGGGAAGAGAAUACCAUUGGCGCAGGCUUCGCCGGGAGAGGCGGGCAUUCGUUAUCCGUGCUCGAGAUGCUCCCGAAAGACGGUUUGGGUGUGCAGGCCAAGGGCAUCUUCGCGCUGUGGGUGAUCGGCGGGCGGACGGGCUCGGCCGACGACAAGUCGCGGGACGCCGUGCUCGACGACGCGUGGUACGCCGAGGUUCCCAUGCACCCUUGCCCGGUUGGGACGAUUCCCCCGGAUGGUCUCGACGAGUGCGUGGACGUCGGGGCCGGUACGUGGGAGUGGCUGAACGCGUGCCCCGACGGGUGCGGGUUCCCGGCGCGAUCGGGCCACGCCACGGUGGUCGACCUGCCCUCGGAAAGCAAUUUAUUCACGCAACGAGUCUAUGUCAUCGGGGGCGAAGGUCAGGAUGGCUCGUUACUGGGAGACGUCUGGUCGACGGGCUGGGAGUGCACGCACGACGGGCAGCAGGCGGGCAGCCGGACGAAGGUGCCGACCGCCGCGGCCACGGACACGGUGAACGAACCGAGUCGGGGCGUCUGGCGCGGCUUCUGCACGUCGAAGAUAUGCCUCGAAGGCAAGUGCGAGGCGGGCGACCCGAACAACGACAUUAACCUCGUCAAGACCGAGCUCCAGGACGGCCUGGACCAGGACAACAAGUACUGCUUCACGCGCAAGUGCAAGAAGACGGACGCGCUGACGGUCGCGAACAGCGCGCAGCUGUGCAGGGUGGACAGCGACUGCGCGGGCGGCGACAACGAGGAGUGCGUCGACAUCACCUGGACGGAGGACGACGAGCAGCACUACGUGGCCUGCGUCGAGGAGGAGGACUGCCCGGCCAUGGCGAGCUGCCGCGCGAAGCCGCGGUGGCGGCGGGACUACGACCCGGACGCGCUGUUCCGGGCGAAGGUGCCGGGCGGGGCGUUCAUGCCCGAGUCGACGUUCGUCGAGGACGUCGAGGGCGCCGUCACGGGCACGCCCGGCGAGUACUACUCGCAGUGCGACUUCGACCCCAUCGGCGCGUGGUUUUACGAUGCGGGGGCGCCGCAGCAGCACUACGUCGACGGCGACUCGCCGGUCGAGAAGUUGGUGAAGGUGUACCUGCCGACCGCGGAGACGGAGCCGUCCCAUGCGGGCGACCAGGGCUACCCGAGCGUGUACCAGCAGUGCCAGAACCACUACGGCAUCGUGCCGCGGCGGAAGCAACUCAUCACGGACGGCACGGACGGCACGCAAGAUAGAUUAGGUAUGUUACAUACGCUCGGCAUCCAUACGAUCCGGGAUUUGGCGGAAGCGACGCGGGAACAGAUCGUGGAGCUGCGGGGCUACCGCAACCCCGGCGCGACGCCGCUCGUCGACGACGUCUACGAGGACGUCUGCGACCACAAGGCGUUCGCGGAGGCCUUGCUCGAGAAGUGCCACGUCACGCCGCACCAGCACCCGCUGACCCACUUCGACCUCGAGACCUUCGCGCCCUGGAACGUCGAGGUCGAGUUCGCGCCCGGGAGCCCGCCGCUCGGCGCGAAGCCGCGCGGCUUCGAGGACGACGACGAACGCGCGUUCGGCAAGGAUGCAGUUUUGGACGGCGAGGCCUCGGGCAGCCUGAAGGAAGAGGACAAAUUGAAGACCUGGGCCGUCGGCAGUCCUUUUAAGGCAAGGUGGCACUGCGGCCGGGACCAGUACCCGUGCCAGAACCCGCGGCCGGCCGUCCCGGCGGAGGAAAUCAUCGCGGGCUGGGACGGCUGCAAAACCAUACUCGGUGGGGGAACGGUCGACGUGCCGGGCAUCGGCGGCGUGCCGCCGCCCGACGACGUCAAGGACCCGGAACCGCUCGUGCGCGAGCUGAUCUGCAAGCAGAACCCGGGGCCGCGGGCGUACCAUACGGGCGUGUUCUUCGACGGCAAGGUUUACGUCUUAGGUGGUCUGGAGAAUAAGACCUCCCUAAAAACGGCGCAGGACAUGUGGUACAGGGAUGAUAAUUUACCACGCGCCGAGCUCGGGGACCGCGUCCCGGCGAAGGCCGACCUCAGUACCAUAACGACGAUGUUCGACGUGCCGCAGUACCAGUUCCACGCCAAGGCGGCGGACGAAGCGGUUAUGUUUGAAUACCUAGUGUAUGAUGCUGAUGAAAAUCAAGUUGUGAGAACAUGGGAUAGAUCACUAGGCAAAGCGCAGGUCAACUGGCUCGAUAAGUACUACGAGAACGGCCCCGGGAGCGGGUUCUACAUUUUUUAUGUUAGGGCUGUCGAUGCGGCGGGUAAUGUGGACGUGGUCUUCGACGGUUUACGUUUCCGGAACAUGUACAAGUGGAAGUACAACACGCGGCUGCCCUGGGAUUAUAUUGGAUAUUCGGUCCUGUCGUUUCUGACGUGUGUACUAGUGGCCUACAAGGAGUACCAACGACGCAAAAGAAAAGCGGCCAUGGAACGGUACGCUAUUAAGAGGAUGCGCCGCAAGUUCAAGGGCGCCCAGAAGGAGAUGAACAAGGGAGGCGUCGACUGGCGCAAGAUGAUGGACGACGACAAGAAGAAGCGGAAGAAGAAGGAUAAGAAGAAGGGCUCCGAGAAGAAGAAAGCGAAAGACCGGGAGAAACAGAAGGCUAAAAAAGCCAAACAGAAGGAGAAGGAGAAGCUCAAGAAAAAACGCGAGUAA